AUGGCCGAGCUCCCUUCGACGUUGCACCUCACCUCGCACCCCAUCUGCCUGAGGAUCCUUGGGCCCUCGGUGUAUGAGGAUGAGAAGCAGCGCACGUGGGUGCAUCUAGUCAUGGAGACAGGAGGUGUCCUGCAAGUACUGUUGCACCAAGAAGACAUCCCCAGUGGGUAUAUGCCACUCACCACCAGCCCGCUGACCUCGAGCACCAUGCCUUUGAUGUGGACGAUCCAACCUGGCAACCAGUACCUGGACUCCAUGGGCCCGUUCUGGCGCAUUGUGCGCCACGUCAAGGAGAAAGGUUUGGAGAAAAUGAUCCUUGAUCUGAAGGAAGACUCGUAG